AUGGAUUUAUUUAAUACAGAUAUUAACAGCACUUAUCAUGGCCAAAAUAAUCUUGAACAUAUACAAAAAAUAUUAUUACACGCAUCUAUACCAUAUAUUUUAAUUGUGAGUGCGGUUGGUAUUAUUGGGAACAUAUUCACUGUUAUACUCUUGUCAAGGCGUCCAUUAUCAAAAAAUUUAAAUAAUUGUACAUUAAUCGCAUUAGCGGAAUUAUUAUCUGCCUGUUUUACUGUACAUUUUACAGUACAACGUUUUAUCGCUGUUAAAUUACCAUUAAAAGCUGCAUUGAAAAGUGCUCGGUUAGCAAAUUAUGUCAUUGUUUUUACUUGUACAAUACUCAGUUUAGUAUAUUGUAUUUCGCUUGUUUAUAAUAAUCAAUAUUAUCAAUGUCAGGAAGAAUUGACACUAAAAUGGUUUAUAUCUGAUGCCAUAUUAUCAUUUGUUUUACCAUUUUUUCUAAUUAUCUGUUUUAAUUUGCUUAUUGUCUAUCAAAUACGAAUACACGAAAAAUCAGCAAUUGCUGCUCAAUCUACAGUGAAUUAUGUACGAUCACGAGCAUCAACAACAACAACAACAGUGACAAAUAAUUCAGUCAAUAAUAAUAAUAAUAAAAGAAGAUGUCGAUCGGAACUCAGUAUACACGCGCGUCCAACGCAAAAAAAAUCAUCAUUAAGUAACAACAAACAUCUUCAAAACAGAGUGUAUCACUGGAAAAAAAAUCGAUUGGCCGAUGAAACUUCAUUUUCCAUCGAUUACUCAAGUAAUCAAAAUCAAUCAGCUGAAGAUCCUGUCGUUUACUAUCGAACGUUACGUAGUAAUCAGCAGUUAUUAAGGGCCAAUGUAAACAAUAAUCUAGCUCCUUAUCAUCAACAACGACAACAAGAACAAUUGCCAGAAACUGCAUCAUUAAGAUAUUCGAAACGUCAACAAAUGUGUUAUAAACCCGAAAAGAAAACAUUGGCAUCGUGCAUUCGACGAUUUUUAAAAAAAGGAAACGAUAGCAGUUUCAAACAUCAUCAUCAUAAGAGUGAUGAUGGUACAAUGUGUUUACGGCCACUAAAUAGCGGCGAAUUUGAAGAUUAUCCAAUGAUGGAGAAUGAAAACAAAUUAUCACCGGUUCAUUUAUUUCUACGCAAAACAAAGAUGACAAUCACAGAUCGUUUACAGAAGAAUAGUAGUGGGCAACAAACAAAGAUUGCAUUAUCCACUCGUGUUACACUACCACGAGGCGCUCAUCCUCGAUUAUUUGGUCAGAAGAACGAUGAAUCAGAAGGUAUUUUAUGUGAAGCACAGCCAAUGGCUCGUUAUGGAAUGAUGCCUUGUUAUGAUCGACAUUGUUUUCUGUGUCAAUCACGACGACGAGGAGGAGAAGGUGCAAAUGGCGACCUAUUGAAUACUACUGUUCAUUCUUCUUCUAAACAAAUUCACCGUUUUGUUAAUAUGUACGAGGCUAUUCUUAAUUGUGAUGCAAAUUGCAUUACGUCAGAUAUAAUCUAUGCUUUGACAUAUCCUUGUGGUCAAUGCGAUUUUAUCGGUUCAACCUCAAUGAAUUUUCACGAACGAAUGUUAAGUAAGCGUGUGCGAUGUAGUAAUGGCUUUUGUAAUAUUGUUUUUAUAUUUAGGACAUCCCCCAAUGUUAUGGCGUGGAUGGAAAAGAGAAAAGAUGAUUGUAAUUUUCUCUUUCUGGUACCAGGUGAUUGUUCAUACGAAUUGCGACAAUUCAUUGAUGCAUUAUUUAUUACACAUACUGAAACAAAAUUAAAUACUACAGGUCGUCUUACACACAAAGGAUUAUGGCCUAUAGCGACAACAUCGUUUGAUCAUUCAAAUCGUGGACAAAGGUGUGACAAACUUGUUCGACGUUCAUCUUGA